AGUACCUGUCCAGAGGUCACUAUCCUUCCACUUUGUCCCACAACCAGCACAACCACGCUGGUUGAUCAAAAUGUAUCUGAUGAAGAGGCUCAGGGAAUAAAUGGGAAAACACCAGCGAAACACACGACUGCAAGUCCGAAGCCACAAGUGCCUCCAAAGCCAUUACACCUGCAGAAUUCACCUUCAUCCAAUAUACACCAAACCCCCAGGCAUAAAGCUUUACCUAGUGUAAAACCAAGGAUGGAGGAAGUUAAACCUGCCUCUGCUUCUUGUGUCUCAAAAGAAAAACCCAGUAAGGUAUCAGAUCUCAUCAGUCGCUUUGAAGGAGGCAGUGCAUUAUCAAAUUAUAGCGAUUUGAAGAAAGAUUCUGCUGUGAACCUACAUGUUCCUAGAACCCCAGGAAAGCAUGGAUUGAUAACCACCCCUCAACAAAAACUCCUCUCCCAGCACCCACCAUGGAAGCAGGAAAAUGAUACGGACCAGACUCGGGGUGCAGAGACUUGUGUGGCCAACGGUAUAAUGUCAGCACAAAGCCAGAUGGAAUGCGAGGAGGAUAAAGUAGAUGCCCCUCUUCAAACUUCAGAACCCUUGCUUGAUGCACUCUUAGUGAAUGGAGAAAGAGAUGAAACUGCUACAGGUCCCGCGUCACCCACAACAAAUGACUAUGAUGGAGAUGCUUCUGAUGGCAGCUGCAGGACUCCGAGCAUAGGCCCAGAGCUCCCCCUAAAAGGAGGGGCAGAAACAGAAGCCAAGGUCCUAGAAAGGGAGAAUGGAGAAAGCCCUCUGGAACUGGAACAGCUGGACCAGCACCAGGAGAUGAAGGAGACGAAUGAGCAAAAACUUCACAAAAUAGCCAAUGAACUUUUGCUUACAGAAAGAGCUUAUGUUAACCGACUCGACCUCUUAGAUCAGGUAUUUUAUUGUAAACUAUUGGAAGAAGCAAACCGAGGCUCAUUUCCAGCAGAGAUGGUGAAUAAAAUCUUUUCAAAUAUUUCAUCAAUAAAUGCCUUCCACAGUAAAUUCCUACUGCCAGAGCUGGAGAAACGAAUGCAAGAAUGGGAAACUACUCCUAGAAUUGGAGACAUCCUUCAGAAAUUGGCGCCAUUCCUUAAGAUGUAUGGAGAAUAUGUGAAGGGAUUUGAUAAUGCAAUGGAAUUGGUUAAAAACAUGACAGAACGUAGUCUGCAGUUCAAAGCAGUGGUUGAAGAAAUUCAGAAACAGAAAAUCUGUGGGAGCUUAACUUUGCAGCAUCACAUGCUAGAACCUGUUCAGCGGAUUCCCCGGUAUGAAAUGCUCCUGAAGGACUACCUAAGGAAAUUGCCAUCCGACUCCCCAGACUGGAACGACGCUAAAAAAUCCCUUGAAAUUAUAUCUACAGCAGCAAGCCAUUCUAAUAGUGCAAUAAGAAAAAUGGAGAACCUAAAGAAACUCUUAGAGAUUUAUGAAAUGUUGGGAGAAGAAGAAGAUAUUGUAAACCCUUCAAAUGAACUAAUAAAAGAAGGACAGAUCCUCAAACUAGCUGCUCGGAACACAUCAGCACAAGAACGCUACCUUUUCUUAUUCAACAACAUGUUGCUGUACUGUGUGCCCAGAUUCAGCUUGGUGGGCUCUAAAUUUACAGUUCGAACCAGGGUUGGCAUCGAUGGGAUGAAAAUUGUAGAGACUCACAAUGAAGAAUAUCCACAUACUUUCCAGGUAUCUGGGAAGGAGAGAACAUUGGAACUCCAGGCCAGUUCUGAGCAAGACAAAGAAGAAUGGAUCAAGGCCCUUCAAGAGACCAUUGAUGCUUUUCAUCAAAGGCAUGAAACCUUCAGAAAUGCAAUUGCAAAAGAUAAUGACAUUCACUCAGAGGUUUCUACUGCUGAGCUAGGGAAAAGAGCCCCAAGAUGGAUCCGAGAUAAUGAAGUGACAAUGUGUAUGAAAUGCAAAGAAUCUUUCAAUGCACUGACACGGAGACGGCAUCAUUGUCGAGCAUGUGGACAUGUGGUUUGUUGGAAGUGUUCUGACUACAAAGCUCAACUUGAAUAUGAUGGUGGUAAAUUAAGCAAAGUUUGUAAAGACUGUUACCAAAUAAUAAGUGGAUUCACAGACAGUGAAGAAAAGAAAAGGAAAGGAAUUUUAGAGAUUGAAUCGGCAGAAGUCUCUGGAAACAGUGUGGUGUGCAGCUUUCUUCAGUAUAUGGAGAAGUCAAAACCUUGGCAGAAAGCUUGGUGUGUCAUCCCCAAGCAAGACCCUCUUGUGCUGUACAUGUACGGUGCCCCUCAGGACGUCAGAGCCCAGGCCACCAUUCCGCUCCUGGGCUAUGUUGUGGACGACAUGCCACGGAGUGCAGACCUGCCACACAGUUUCAAACUGACCCAGUCCAAGUCUGUGCACAGCUUUGCUGCAGACAGUGAGGAACUGAAGCAGAAGUGGCUGAAAAUCAUCUUUUUAGCUGUCACAGGUGAGACACCAGAGGGGCUAAAUGAGCAUCCAGCCACCUUGGACGAUCAUCCUGAACCUAAGAGAAAAUCAGAAUGCUGAACUCCAGGACCAACCAUGGUGUGGAGGUCUCAAGACUUACAGCCCAAGACAUUCCCAGUUCUCCCUACUCAUAUCUUAGCACUUUAUGUUGAAAAAUAUAGUCUCAUAAAUGCAUCUUUUGGGGACUAUUUUCCUAUGUUUAUGUACUCUUAGUGAAGUUAAUGUGCAGAGCCAUUCUACCUAUAAAGUUUUGAAAU